CCUGCGUCAGUCCGUACUAGAGUCAAACGGCUGCCGUACAAUGCGAAUCGGCCAUCGUCUUCCAAUGAGAUAGAUCUUCCAAUCUCAUCUUCAUUUCCUUUCACACGAAAUGAACGUCUCCGCAGAAAUGUUGCCUCAGGAGAUUCAUCGAAAUGCAAUUACUCUUCGAAUCCUCGGCACCUCGAGAACGGCUGCCGCCUCUGGAUAAACGGUGCUUUCUACGAGACCGGCCAAAUCCUUCCUACCGGUCAUGGUUUGCUUCAUCCGAUGCUCAAUUCUACUCUUGCCUCGAUGACUGUCUGCCUCCUACGCCGUCGUUUUAUCCAACCGCUUUUUCAACCUUUGGCUUUUCUCUUUUCUGCCGCCUCAAUGGCACGCUUGCAUGCCUCUUGUCCCUCUGACAGGCAGCAGGCUGAACAAUCGACCUACUGUCCAAUUGCCUCCGUCCGACCGUCCGACCGUCCGACCGUCAGCCCGACCAUUCCAAUUCCAGACAGCCACGUACCAAAUGGGAAUCCCACUCACCAGCUUGACACACGUGUCGCGGUUACGGGCUCACGGACUCACGCAGUACUGACCCAUCCAUCCUUCAUAGUUGCCUCAGUCCCUCAGAGACGUUCCGCCAGACAGGGACAUCCAAUUAGCCCAACUGACAGUCAAACGGGGGAAAGGGGACCGACGCCUGGCAGAACGAGUCAACUCUCUCACCGGUCGGUCGGUCUGUUGGUCUGUCCAUCUGUCCAUCUGUCGGUUUGUAUGUCUGUCGGUAGGCCUGUCAGUAUGUCGGUCGGUCUGUCUGUCUGUUGUUCUAUCUAUCGAUCAAUCGGUCUGUCCAUCUGUCUGUAUAUCGGUAUGUAUGUCGGUCGUUCUAUAUCUCGGUUUUUCUGUCGGUAUAUCUAUCGGUCUGUCUGUCUGUUGUUCUAUCUAUCGAUCAGUCGGUCUGUACGUAUGUCUGUCUAUCAGUAUGCGUGUCGGUUGGUCUAUCUCUCGAUUUGUCUGGCGGUAUAUCUAUCGGUCGGUCGGUCUGUCUGUCUGUUGUUCUAUCUAUCGAUCAAUCGGUCUGUAAGUAUGUCUGUCUAUCGGUAUGCAUGUCGGUCGGUCUAUCUCUCGGUUUGUCUGACGGUAUAUUUAUCGGUCGGUCGGUCUGUAUGUCUGUUGCUCUAUCUAUCGAUCAAUCGGUCUGUCUGUCUAUCGGUAUGUAUGUCGGUCGGUCUAUAUCUCGGUUUGUCUGUCGGUAUAUCUAUCGGUCGGUCGGUCUGUAUGUCUGUUGUUCUAUCUAUCGAUCAAUCGGUCUGUCUGUCUAUCGGUAUGUAUGUCAGUCGGUCUAUCUCUCGGUUUGUCUGUCGGUAUAUCUAUCGUUCGGUCGGUCUGUCCGUCUGCCUGUCUGUAUGUCUCUCGAUUGGUCGGUCUGUCUGUCUAUCGGUAGGUCUGUUGGUAGGUCGGUCUGUCGAUCAUCUGACUCAACCGACGGGGUCGCAGACGGUGCCGGACGAGCGGGUGAUGGGCCUCGUUGACUGGAUGGAUGAUGUGGGAGCCCUGAUUUGGGAGAGUUUUAACCUUUGCUGCAAGCGACCAAAUGUCCUCUCUCCCUCGGUACCCGAGCAACUUAACUUGUCCUCUCAAUUCCUUAGUGACAUCCAUUUUGCCCAAGAGUCUGUCCUCGCCAGGAAUGAAGGGAGCCCAGUUUCAAGGUCGCCACGGUCACCUCGUUACUCAAAUCCCAGGGCCUAG